UCUAAUUAUCCUAUUUACUGUUUAACUAAAAUAGUAUGCAUUAAUGUACUCGUCUUGCUUAAAUAUUUCUUAUCAGACUGCUUUUUUAGCAUUAUUUAUCACAUACAUACACACCCCCUUCUUUUUUUUUUGUUUCGCUUUUACUUUAUUGUAUAUUUAAAAAAAUGUCUGCAGCCACAACAACAACAACAACAGCAGCAGCAGCAGCUACACCGACAACAAAGAUAGAACCCAUAGAAGGAGAUGAUGCAUUAAAAGAUACAGUGAAAAAAGUAUCACCCAAGAGUCAUUUUACACAUUCAACAGCUAAUGGUCGGCAAGAUGUAUUAGCCAUCAAGCAGCAGUUGGCCGAUGCAUUAGGCGAGAACGGACCAUUAUAUUGGGAUGCUCUAAGGGAUUUUGUUAUGGGAAGACUCAACAGACAAGAAUUCGAUUUCUAUGCCAAUCUUUAUCUAAGUAGACAACAUGCACAUCUUCAUAAUGCCUUCAUUCUAAGUACUGUACAUAAUGCACAAACAGAUACACCACCACCUUCAAAACACGGUUUAGUUGGCUGGGCCAAGCGUAAACGAGGAAAGGACGGUUUACUAGCAGAAGGCGGUCAAGAUAUGGAUCCUAAAAAGAAGCGACUAAAGAUGGACGUAAUGGCGUUAAGCAAGGCAGAUAGAGAAAGAUUAAAGGCUCUUGUCAAAUCUGGGGAUAGGAAUAAAUUGAAGCCAUAUGUAGAUCGAUUGCUAGGCACACGAGUGAGCAGGCCACCACAAUUACCAAUUCCACUAAAUCAGCUUCCUCCAACUUAUAGCCAAGAGUAUUCUAAAGGCUUGAUGGCACCUUUAUGCAUCGACAUGAAAGGAUUACCAACAGCGGAUGCCUUACAUUCACGAAUGACAAGCAUUGCUAUUGAAAAUGGAUUACUUGGAGGUAUAGGAGAAGAUGUAGUUAAUGUCAUGUUAUUCGCUGCCGAGAGUUAUAUAAAAUCGUCCAUCACAAGCGCAAUCACAAAAAGAAGAAUAAAUCGCUCAAUUGGUAUCAAAAAGUCAGUAGAUCCAGAAGAAGAGACAGUAGACAAUACAUCUAUUAGCUUACAUGAUUUAGCAUUUUCAUACAACAUUACACCUUAUGUCCUAGUUGAAAAACCGCUCUAUGCUGAAAAGCUGACUGCAUUACUAAGUGAUAGUGAAGAUGAAGUCAUUGUAGAUAAUCUGAAUGAAGCAAGCGAUGAAGAGUAUUGCUGUCCCCCUUAUAUAUCCCGUUGAAAUUCAACACAGCCAUGUUAUUUAAAAUAAUAGAUGAAUAGUUU